AUGGCGGCACCUAUCCAAAGCAAACAAGCCGCAUGGCUGCUGAGCCUUCCCAGCGAGAUCCUGCAGAUGAUCUUCCAACAGGCCUACAGAGGGAUCUCUGUGAAAUGCAAAUGUGAUCUCUCUCCUCACAUCGUCGUGCCAGCAUACUUACCGUCUAUCCUCGUCUCAAAGACCUAUGCUGCGGAAGCAAAACAAGCAGUCCUCCAAGAAGCGACCUUCACUAUUCGACCGCAGACCGGAGGCUUCUGCUUCACCGACUCCGGAAUCCCCAACCCAGAUUCCUCCUCAGAGUUCAGCCUGAUCCGGCAUCUCCGUAUCCCUUUGUCUCGUUGCCCAGACAAGGAAGAGCUGGGCAUCAUCGUUAGAGCGGCACCGAAGCUGAGGGCGCUCACAUUGACCUACGAACAUCCGAUCGUGCUGUACCAUACCGUUGUUAACGAGAAUGUGGAGUCUCCCUCGAAGGUCACUGAAGGAAGUCGAAUGAGCAUCAAGAGAGAGGCUGAGAAAAUCGUCUGUUCACAACGGGGCUUCGACUUCGACGCUUGGGCGAUCUUGGUCGAGCAGUGGUCGGAGCGGGAGGAGGCCUUAGAGGUGUUCAUGGAGACGGAAGUCAUGAAACGACGUAUCUCGUGGAGAUUUGCCUAUAGGGAGUAUCUUCCAGCCCACCACCUAUCCACAGUCAGUUUCAGCACGCGCACAUGGGUAUUGACGGCCAUGCCGGGCAAGGACAACUAUCUUCAGGACAAGAACACUCCAGAAUUCACUGUGUCGUUGGAUUUGCCAAAGAUCCCGAAACGGCUGAUCGACAUGUUCAUGCAUUGA